AUGAAUGUUGAAAAGUCAGAUGACAAAGCAAAGAAUGGCUUGAAGUCUUCCUUACUUAUAAGGGAUGAAAAUGGAAAUAACUACACAUGUGACAGAGCUACGCCUUCCUCAAAGAAUUGUGCCACCGAGAUACACAGUGAUUCAAGUGACCAAAAUAUAGUGACUGAGCAUGGAGCUGAUACCGUUCUUCAAGAGAAGAGUGACUUCAGAAGUGUUCUUUUAAAACAACAGUGUAUUGAAGCACUUCAUCUGCAGAAGACACCUGGUAAAUACGACUGCCCAGGAGCUCUGUGGGGAGAUGCAGAUACUGCAUGCGGGUCUUCUGUGACUGAACAGACUUGUGUGUAUCCUUUGAACUGUGACUUGAAAGAAACAACAAACUUACUGAAAGGUAACAUUGCUAUGGCAAAAAUGCAACAUCAGAGUAUCAAACAAUUGGUGCCUUAUAGUCAGACUGACUCUAAGUGUGUAUUACCUCUUCCUGCUUCAGAGCAGAACAUGCAGUCCCUGAUAAAUGACAGGGCAUGCUGCCACCUGAGCACAUUGGAUGCUACUAAUGUUAUAGGUGAAACUCUAGGAACUGAUGAAAAUGAUGACAUGCAUCUGAGGGAAACGUUUAUCUCUUCUGAAGUGUGUACGAGAGAGAAAUUUGAUAGAACCAGCUUAGGGAGAACACCUAAUAUCUCCUCUACGAUAGUGGCUUCAGAAAGACCAGAUGCCUUUUCAGACCUUGAAGUGUAUUGUCCUGUCUCUGCAGGUGUUCAACACUGUCUAAAAAACACUGACAAGACUGAUAAAGAAUCCCAGGAAACAGAAGCACAGUCUGUAAAGCUAGCUGCUGGAUGUAUAGAUCCUUAUAGGCAAGGUGCAUUAUCACUGUGCAUUGGUAUUAAUGAAGAUGGCCAAGUGAAAUCCUUGCAGGAUACCCCUGACCAUGAUGGAACUGGGAAUUCCAAUGCUGAAACACACAUGGGUAGUCCUGUAAAUAAUGUGCACCUUCUCCCAGUAGAUAAAAUGGAUGGAGAACAAGUAUCAAAGAAAACCAGUGAACACUUAACCAAAGAACAAAGUAUCUCUGGAAAUGCUGCUCUUCAGGAUAUGCACAACAACUCUUUCGUAUCUUGCAGUGUACCAAAAUUCAAGAGGACUGCUAUGCCUGACCUGAGAUGCGAAGCAACUUUUGUGGUCUUCAAUCCUAUGGCUGAUGAAAGCAAUUCUGCUCUAUGUACUUCAACCCCUAAGGAACGAUCAAAAAAUACAAUUUUUUCUGUUCCAGCUUUUGCAGAACUUGGAGACAAGUCUCCUAAACUAAGACCAAAUGAGUCGUUUGUAGGAGGGUAUAAUAGAAGGCCUUUGAUUAAAGCUAGUUCUGGUCAAACUGCAGGAAAACCAAUGGGCAGGCCUCCUAUUGUGUCAACAAUAACCAAAGCUAAGAAAUCAGAGAUUGUUAGUUUUCCCAAACCUAAUUUCAAAAAUGUUAAGCCAAAGGUUAUGUCUAGACCUGUGCUACAGUCAAGAGACAGUGCAGCAUUAAAACAGUCUCCCCAGUCCCCCCAACUAUCAGCUGUCUCCUCGUCUUCACUGGUUGCUUCCCCGAGGCAAUUGUCUCCCUCUAUGAAAGUGCUGAAAAAGAAAAUAGAUCUAGCUAAAGAUACUAAAGUGGAAUUACCUGUGAAUAAGCCCCACAAGCUACAUCUUAACAAACACCUCUUCACUAGCCAAGUCAUACAUGCCACAACACAUCCCAGAAACGCUUCCCACAAGGCUUCAAAGACACCUGCAUUAAAGCAGAAUCCAGAAGACAUUGGCAAAGCAAGCUCUACCCAUUCAGCAUGCUCCUCGGCUUCUGCUGCGCUUCCAGUGUGUGCAGAGAACUUGGAAGAGAUGCUGAAUGAUAAAAUGGAAAGUUCAAACUCUGUAGUGCAACCUUUUGCUCAAAACAUCUACCCGACCAGAGGUGAAAAAGAACAAAGCAGCAACAUGGGAAUUCUUCUGGAAGCAGCCUUAUUAAAAGAUGUGGCAAAUGAAACAUUUGACCUGGACUCUGUUCCUUUG